GAGCUGAACUGAGAGAGCGCGCUUGCUUAGCAUCCUUUCAGCUCCAGCCUCUCUGCUCCACGCAGAGAGAUCGCAGCGACGGGAUUUCCCCGGCAAAUCUAGCAUUGUCACUGAGUGUCUACGAAGAGAUCCCUUGAAACUGGAAUUGCGCCUAGCUAGUCCACAGAUCCUCCUCUUGUCCUUGGCUGUGCCUGUUAGCUAGUCUAAAACUUUCCCUGUGGCUAGAUCGCUCCAGGGAAAUUCUCCCCUCAGUGGGACACUCUUUACUCCCGUCCUUCCUCGGCUGCCAAGUAGAUCACCCGAUUCCCCAGAUCUCCGCUUCCUAAAGCUAGACCCUGCCUCUCCUGCACUCCGCUGCUAGCGAAUCGGAGCCUUCUAGCUAGAUCUUUCCGCAGAGUGUCCGCGUUACUAGAACCUGCAACCGAAUUUCGAAACUAUUUUCUUCCUGCAGCCAGGUCCCAGACGGUUUUCAGUCAGACCCCACUGCCUGCCGCCAGAUCUUCUCCUGGCCCCCGCCGCCUUCUCGGAGACUAGUUUCAACUCAGAUCCCAGCUGGUCAAGCGCACCUACUUCUCGCCCUCCACCUGCAGGGAGUAUCGCGCUUUUACGCACCAGCACACGUGCAACGAGAUCCCUUCCGGCUAAGUGGCCUUGAGCAGUUGUGUGGCGACCCGACCCCCCUUUCUCCGCGCAGACUCAGAGCUCUCUCCCUGCGGCCAUGAGCUCCCCGCUGAAGCGGGUGCCCCUGCUCGGCUCCUUCAUGAAGCAGCGCAGCCCUGGCAGCGCGCCCGCCCAUCCGCACCAGCAGCAGCUGCUGCCCACCUCGUCGGUGUGCGCCUUGCAGCCCAAGGACGAGACGCCCGCCUGCCCCAGGCGGCCGCCCUACGCGCUCUCCGCCCUGCCCGGCCCCACCAAGUGGCCUCUGAUGGGCAGCCUGCUGGACGUCCUAUGGAAAGGGGGCCUCAAGAGGCAGCACGAGACGCUGGCUGAUUAUCACCGUAAAUUUGGCAAGAUCUUCCGCAUGAAACUGGGUGCUUUUGACUCCGUGCACAUCGGUGCGCCUUGCUUGCUGGAGGCCCUCUACAGGAAAGAAGGUGCCUACCCGCAGCGUCUUGAGAUCAAGCCCUGGAAAGCCUACCGUGACUACCGUGAAGAGGGCUAUGGGCUGCUUAUCUUAGAAGGGAAGGACUGGCAGAGAGUCAGAAGUGCAUUUCAGAAAAAAUUAAUGAAGCCUACAGAAAUUGUGAAGCUGGAUACCAAAAUCAAUGAGGUCCUAGAGGAUUUCAUGCAACGAAUAGACACACUUUGCAAUGAGAAUGGAGAAAUAGAAGAUUUGUAUUCUGAACUGAACAAAUGGUCGUUUGAAAGUAUUUGUCUGGUGCUGUAUGAGAAAAGGUUUGGACUUCUGAAGCAGGAAGUGGAAUAUGAAAGCUUGAACUUCAUCAAGGCUGUUAAAACGAUGAUGAGUACGUUUGGGAAGAUGAUGGUGACCCCAGUUGAGCUGCAUAAAAGUCUGAAUACUAAAGUCUGGCAGGCUCAUACGAAUGCAUGGGACAGUAUCUUCAAGACAGUGAAAUGUUCUAUCAACAGCAGGCUGAAAAAACACUCUGCCAGCCCCACUGAAGAUUUCCUCAGCGACAUUUACUUUGGGAGUCAGCUUUCAAAGAAGGAGUUGUAUGCUGCCAUCACAGAACUCCAGAUCGCAGGAGUCGAAACGACGGCCAACAGUUUGCUCUGGGCCCUCUACAACAUCUCGUGCAACCCACACGUCGAGGCAAAGCUGCUCGAGGAAAUUCAGGGCGUGGUUCCAGCUGGAGAAAACCCAAAUGCUGAACAUCUGAAGAAAAUGCCCUAUUUAAAGGCCUGCCUGAAAGAAUCUAUGAGGAUAACACCUUCUGUGCCAUUUACUACUCGGACUCUUGACAAAGAAACAGUCCUUGGAGACUAUGCACUUCCUAAAGGGACUGUGCUGAUGAUCAACAGCCAUGCUCUGGGGUGCAACGAAGAAUACUUCAAUGACUGGAGUCAAUUUAAGCCAGAGCGUUGGCUCCAGAAGAACAUAAAUCCUUUUGCUCAUGUUCCAUUUGGCAUUGGGAAAAGGAUGUGUAUCGGACGCCGCUUGGCAGAACUGCAGCUUCAAUUAGCUCUCUGUUGGAUUGUACGGAAGUAUCACAUUGUAGCAACUGAUGACAAGCCAGUAGAAACCUUGCACUUGGGAAUCCUGAUCCCCAACCGAGAACUUCCCAUUGCAUUCAGAAGACGAUAAGAUCCUUUUCAAAGGAAACAGCAGAACCUAAGAACAGCCCUGCUGGAUUAGGCCCAAGGCCCAUCUAGUCCAGCAUCCUGUUUCACACAGUGGCCCACUAGAUGCCGCUGGAAGCCACAGGCAGGAGUUGAGGGCAUGCCCUCUCUCCUGCUGUUACUCCCCUGCAACUGACUUUUUCAAUGGCUGCAGACAACGUCCUGCAUGCCUGUAAUCCCAAAUCCUGCUGCAACCAAAGGGGAAAUUGCAAAAAGUAGGCAUGCUUUGAGCCACAUGCUGAUGACAUGGAGAGAAACUGGAGCACCUGGAGAUAGCUUUGACCUUGUGGACGGGCAAAUCUGUCAAACUGUGGUAAGCCCAAUCUUCAGAAUGCUGUAAUGAAAGCUGAAAUAGACCAUAAAGGAAUGAAAUGGAAGAAUGGCAAGGUGGAAAGACUGGAAGGAGACAGUAGAUCAUUUCCAGCACCGUGACCAAAAAGAAAAAAAUGUGAAAUCUACUGGUCUCAGCCCAGGACAUGCAUACAUCUUGGCAUGCUUCUGGAAUCAGCUGGUCAGGAGUAGGUGGAAUGCAUCUGUUAGUUCAGUGCUGAAAUGCUGGGUUGGGAAUGAGGGAGUUGGAUCUUACCCUGCCUCUUCCUAAAUUCCUGAGGGGUCAUGUGGUUUAGUGUGAGGAUUUAAACAGGUCUUGUGUGUUAUUCCAACUUUAUUUUUUCCAAAGAAAGAGGAGGAGAGAGGGAAGGAGAGAGUGAGAGAGAGACACACACACAUUUUCCAAAGAAGAAGAAAGAGCAAUGUGAUGGGGAAAGAAGCAUUCUAAUAGGGAUAUAGUGUUUAGAAGGGAGAAAAACAACAAAGAUGCUUCCAUGUCUCUUCACUGCAACAACGAUGACCUCUUUUACUAGUAUAUAAUAUUGGUUAAAAUGCACCUCUGCUGCAACUGAAGAACAAUGACGCUAGCUAUUGCUGAGGAUUCGCCAUUGCAAAGACUGUGGGCAUGAUCCAGUCCCACUGCAAUUGCAGUGCCUGUGUGCAGAGAAUUCCCAUAGGCUUGACAGGGCCCUGCUUUCCCCCUGUUCCCUUCCUUUCUCUCCUACAUGUGUGUAUGCAAGCACAUGUGAGUGCAGCAGGUCAGUGGAGGUCCUUGUUUAUGCACAUCUCUCAUCUCCUCAUUCAGUCCUUCGUCUCUCGGAUUCACUGGAAAACAAGGGACUUGACUGAAUUGAUGGGGAGGGCUAAAUAAGGUGUGUGUGUGUGUGUGUGUGUGUGUGUCUGUGUCUGUGUCUGUGUCUGUGUGUGUGUGUGUGUGUGUGUGUGUGUGAGAGAGAGAGAGAGAGAGAGAGAGAGAGAGAGAGAGAGAGAGAGAGAGAGAGAGAGAGAGAGAGAGAGAGAAGGCUUUAUUGCUCCAGUGCAAAAACACUUGCAUUUGGAGCAGGAGUCCCUCCACAGCUGAACAGGAUCAUGAGCUGUGCAUGUUUAAAAAUACAUGUGGAGAUUUCACUGCUUGUAAGUAAGGGUCAAGUGCACAGUUAGGCCUGCACUGUAAUCCAGUCAGCUGAGCAGCUGGCCUCAUGUGGGAGGCUGAUAGGGGUUCCAGAAACCUCUUGUUUUUGCUGUCUGACUGGGAAGCAUUUGGCAGGCCCAAAUAAAUGGCUGGUGAGCUGCAUUUAGCUUCAUAGGUCACAAGCUGUGCAUCCUAUGGCAUUUAGAAGAAUGAGUAACAUGACACACCAGUAUCUCUUCCCACCUCCAUUCAUGUAUAGCUUACUUGCUUUGUUUUUUACAUGAAUUUGUCUAUUUUGUACAUUUUUAUACGUUUGGACUUUUUUCUAAAAUAAAUAAAUAAAUCUGUAUACGUUGAAGAACUGUUAACAAUUGCUGGUGGUCUGUAUAGGAAUGGUUAUUUUUUUCUUUUUUGAAUUGCUAUUGGAAUGUUUAUUUGCUACCCUACUCUUCCAGGAACUUUUAUAAUAAAAAGAAUUUUCAGAUGA